GGGAUCAUCCUUAACCCUUAAUCACUAAGGAUUCGAUACAUGCCUUGGUUCACCUGGACUUGGAGUCAGAAAGAUCUGAAUUUAAAUCUUGCUUCAGACCCAUCAUUUUGAGCCUUGGACAGUAAUGAUGACACUGAAAAUGUUUCACUGUUUGAUGCCAGUGAUGACGAGUCAUCCAGAACAUCAAAGAAGAUGAAAAUCAGACAUCCGGUGGCAUCGUUUUUCCAUUUAUUCUUUCGACUUGGUGCAAUAAUUGUUUAUCUUCUAUGUGAAUUGCUGAGUAGCAGCUUUAUUGCCUGUAUGGUGACAAUUAUCUUGUUAUUAUCAUGUGACUUUUGGACAGUAAAGAAUAUAACAGGUAGGCUUAUGGUUGGCUUGCGCUGGUGGAAUCAUAUAGAUGAUGAUGGAAAGAGUCACUGGGUGUUUGAGGCUCGAAAGGAAUUAAAUCAAGAUAAAAGGACCUCUUCAGAAGCUGAAUCACGAAUUUUUUGGUUAGGAUUAAUUUCCUGUCCAAUUAUAUGGGUGAUAUUUGCCUUUAGUGCUCUCUUCUCCUUCAAAUUGAAAUGGCUGGCAGUGGUCAUCAUGGGUGUGGUACUACAGGGUGCCAACCUAUAUGGCUACAUCAGGUGCAAAGUAGGCAACAAGAAUAAUUUAACCAGUAUGGCAACUACUUAUCUUGGAAAACAGUUCUUGAGACAAAACAUUAAAGAUGAUCAAAUAUCUUGAAGAUAAAGAGAAGAAAUAUAUUUUGUUCUACUGAGGAACAACUGAAGAGAUUGUCUUGGUCCUUUUGGAAUUAAAUAAUUAUCUUGGGAUGGGUGAAAUCAUUAGAGACUUUUCUCACUUAAAAUAAAUUUUUUUAAGAUGAUGCUUUUGCCAUAAAAUCUGAAAAAAAAUUUUUUUAAGGUUGUUUCCUCAAUACUGAAUAGUAUAUGCCUAUUCAUAAUGUUAGAAGAUGGGAAAUUAUUUAAAAUAUGAGUUGUUUUGAAUGUUGGCUUGCAUUUCAUAAAUCAUCUCUACAAAAUACUAUAUUUCAUUGAGAAAUUUCUCACUUAAAUUAUAAGCAAAUAAAAUUACAUGCUAUACCCAGUUUGUCAGUACUGUUAAAUUCAAAUAAUUUUAAUGGGAAGUGUUUAUUUUUAUUUGUUCAGUAAACUGUUCAUGCAUGUGCUAUUUAUCAUAUGUACUUUGCUGUAGCAGUCUCUAUAAUUUAUAGUUGUGUGUGUGUGUGUGUGUGUGUGUGUGUGUGUGUGCACAUAUGUUUAGUAUAUAUGGCUCUGAAUUUUAUGUUGAGCUCAUUGCAAAUUCUUGGAAAGUCAUAUCAAGUGUAAUGAAAAUGUUAGUGGCCCAAAAUGUACACAUAAUAAUGUAUUGCUUUUUGUAUUAGGUUGAGAAUAAUUGUUUAUUGGUGUGGCAAAUGCCUAAAAUCAGAUUUUGUUUUAUAAUUUCUUUUGUUAUUGAAAUAAUUGGGAUGUUGGAAAUAAUAAGAUUUAAUUAUAGCAUAUUUUAAUGUGUUUCACUUAAAUAGUUCUAUAAAUUUUGGUUGUAUACUUUGAAGAGACUUUUUUAUAAAUAUAUAGUAAAAAAGUUCUAAGAAAUUAUUUAAUGGGGUAAAUUGUUUGUAUUGAGUGACAAGAUGCACAGUCAUUACAGUAUAUAUUUUUUAAAAUUUCUUUUUGUUAAGUGGAAAAUGUCUUUGUUAUAUUUGAUUAAUUAUAUAUUUCUGUCCUGCAGAAUGAUUCUACACAUAUUCUCACCUAGCACAAGAGGAGACAUUUAGUCAUAAUGUCUUAAAUGCUGGGAUUAUAGUGAAAUGCAAAAAUUAAAAAAUCAAUAUCUCCCUUCAAGGGGCUUCUCUAUGAUUUUGAGGCAAACAUUUUACUUUCCCCACAGAACCCAUUCAAUUAGGUUCCAAGCAUUCUUUCUGACAACCUAUAACUCUAGUAAUCAAAAGGGUUGUUGGAUUUGUAGUAGAAGGAUUUGGGGUUGAAUCCUGACUGAUUCAUCUGAACCCAGGUACCCCUCAGGUCUUUUCAGGAUCCCUCCAAAGUCUAAAUCUAUGUUCUUAUGUAUCUGAGUUUUAUUAAAAUGUGUGCUUUAUUUAUA